AAUUCUGGGGUGCUGCUGGGCCGUGUUGGAUUUCUGGGGUUCCCUCUCUCUCUCCGGGCUGUAUUUUUAAUUAUUUGAGAUCAAUUAAAGAAAAUAAUGAUUUCUGGAUGCCACCAGGCCCCGCCUGCCAUUGGCCAGGGCCUCCCACGUGACGAAGAAUUGGCUGCAAUCCUCGAGUUUAGCAGAGCCAGGUCCCCCCUCCGCCAGGAUUUAUCGGCGAUAUAACAAUUAUAAACAGCCCGAGGACCUUCAUCAUCCUCGCCAUCACAACCCGGGGCCUUCACAUUCCUCUCCCUCUCCCCCUCCUCCUCCUCCUCCCUCUCCCCCGCCUCCCUCCCGCUUUUUAAAGGCCCUGGAAAAGCCAUGAAUUUUGAAUUUGAGAGGGAGAUCGGGUUUAUAAAUAGCCAGCCCUCGCUCGCCGAGUGCCUGACGUCUCUCCCCGCUGUCCUGGAGACAUUUCAAACUUCAUCAAUCAAGGACUCGACGUUAAUUCCUCCUCCUUUUGAGCAAAGCGUCCUCCAGAGCCUGAAUCCUUGUUCGGAGAGACCGAGGAGCCAAAAACGAGCAUCCCAUGGCCUUCCCCAGCCUCAGCCCCCGGCUCGGCCCGGCCCCUCGGCAGCCGAAUUCCCUUGGAUGAAGGAGAAGAAAUCCAGGAAAACCUCUCGGGCUCCGUCCUCUUCCUCCCCGCCUUCAUCAUCCUCGCUGCCGGUGCCCGCAGAGGGGCUGGCGGACAGCAGCGGCUCCAGGAGGCUCCGCACCGCCUACACCAACACCCAGCUGCUGGAGCUGGAGAAGGAAUUCCACUUCAACAAAUACCUGUGCCGGCCGCGGCGGGUGGAGAUCGCGGCGCUGCUGCAGCUCAGCGAGCGCCAGGUCAAGGUGUGGUUCCAGAACCGGAGGAUGAAGCACAAGAGGCAAAGGCAGCGGAGAGAGGAGCCGGGUUUGGGCGGUCUGGAUGAAGGCAGCGAGCCCGAGGGCAGCCCCGCUCCGCCGGAGCCCCGGGGGAACGCGGGGCCGAGCUCCGAGCAGCCCGGGCCGGCUGCGGGGGAGGCUCCGGACUCGCCGGUGCUGCCGGAGCUGGGGCUGCUGCCGUGCCUGGAGCUUUCCCAAGGGUUUUCCCCGGCUCUUCCCGCUGCCCUGGAGAGCCCGCUGAGGUUCUCCGAGGAGGAGCUGGAAUUCUUCAGCAGCGCGCUUUGGAGCAUCGACCUGCAGAGAUUCGAUUAGCGGGGGAGAGCGGCUGGAGGGCACCCCAAAAUCGGCACGGAAACUGGGGGGGACACCCCA